GGCGCGCGGGCCGGAAGUGGAGUUAUUGCUCGGUGGCGAUGGCGGCGGCGGUGUCGGCGCAGGUUGCUCUGCUGCCUCCCGAUCCCGACGGCGGGGGCUCCUCGGGCUCGGAGGAUGACGCCCGGCCCGGCCCGGCGGCGGCAGAGGCGGAGGGAACGGCGGCGGCGGCGGCGGCGCAGAAGCGGGAGGAGCGGUUGCGCAAGUUCCGCGAGCUCCACAUGAAGCGGAAUGAAGCACGCAAGCUGAAUCACCAAGAAGUGGUGGAAGAAGAUAAAAGACUUAAGUUGCCAGCAAACUGGGAAGCCAAAAAAGCUCGGCUGGAGUGGGAGCUGAAGGUGGAGGAGAAGAAGAAGGAAUGUGCAGCGAGAGGAGAAGACUACGAGCAAGUUAGGCUGCUGGAGAUCAGUGCUGAGGAUGCGGAGAGAUGGGAAAGGAAAAGGAAGAGGAAAAAUCCAGAUCUGGGUUUUUCAGAUUAUGCAGCUGCCCAGCUGCGCCAAUACCAGCGGCUGACCCGGCAGAUCAAACCUGACCUGGAGCAGUACGAGAAGCUGAAGGAGCAGUACGGUGAAGCACUUUAUCCCACCUCCAACAGCCUUAUCCACGGAACUCACGUGCCAUCAAAGGAGGGGAUCGAUAGAAUGGUGGCAGACCUUGAAAAACAGAUUGAAAAGCGUGAGAAGUACAGCCGGAGGCGCCCGUACAACGACGAUGCUGACAUCGACUACAUCAAUGAGAGGAACGCCAAGUUCAACAAGAAGGCAGAGAGGUUCUACGGGAAGUACACGGCUGAGAUCAAACAGAACCUGGAGAGAGGAACAGCUGUCUGAGACAUCUUCCCCGGCAAAGCACAUGCCCCAGCCCUGCCUCUGCAGCAAGGAUAGCGGGGGGGGCAAUUCUAAAGUGUGUCAAAUACUUUGUAGACUGCAUUAAUUUGCAAAAUCAAUACUAUGUUUAAUGUAAUAAAAGUGAUUUGCAUAGCACCUUUGUACAUAGCUUCUACAUGUAGAAUAAGCUCUUAUGGAUCCAGUUUGAAUAAAACUUUUCUUCAUUCUC